CUCACAGUCAUAAAUCCCGUGUCGCAGAGCCAGUAAAAGUUGCCCUUGUGUUCCAGUAUGGAUAGUAAAUUCCCCCUUCACGCUCUCGUGCCAAAGAAUGAGACUGGCGCAUCAAAUUUCCUCGCCAAAUACCCGGAAUUCGACGGCAGAGAUGUGACCAUUGCCGUCUUGGAUUCCGGAGUCGACAGCCGGGCGAGAGGAUUGCAGUGGCUGCCUGGAAAGGAAGUGAAGGUGAUCGAGAGAUUCGACUGCAGCGGAACAGGUGAUGUGGACAUGACAAAGAAAGUCACUGCAAAUCAGGGAGUCAUUGUGGGUCUCUCCGGACGGAAUCUCAAGGUGUCGUCACUCAUGAAGAAGGUCAAUGCCAAUGGAGAGGAGUUCCGGGUUGGCCUCAAGAGCUUGUAUGAUCUCUAUCCCACCAAGAUUCGGGAGAAGAUCAUUGCGGAAAACAAGGUGAAGUGCUGGGAUGAAUCACACAAGACAUGUGUGGCUGAUGUGUGCAGGAAGUUGGAAGAAUUCGACCAGAGUCAUCCCAAUAACGUCAACAAUCUGCCGUACCGCGAGAAGUUGCGGAAAGAAAACCUGGACGCUUCUCUGGAGAUGCUCAACUUCUGCGAGAAGAAGUUCACAGAAUUCAAGACAACGUACGACUGCGUGCUCUUUCCCACUGAUAAGGGAUGGAUGGCUGUUAUUGACACGACGGAAACGGGUGAUUUGGAGAAUGCCGUUCAUAUCAAGGAGUACAGCGGAAACUAUGAUACCCAAGUCAUUAACGAGUAUCUUUCUAUCUCGGUGAACGUGCACAAUGGUGGAAACGUUUUAGAAAUUGUGGGAAUGUGCUCGAGCCAUGGGACUCACGUGUCGGCCAUCGCGUGCGGCCACCAGCCGGACAACCGGGCGUUGGAUGGCGUGGCGCCAGGCGCCAAAGUAGUGUCGCUGGCCAUUGGGGAUGGUCGUCUGGGGUCCAUGGAGACGGGCACCGGCGUGGUGCGUGCCAUAAUGAAGAUCAUGGAGUUGUGCAAUGCGGGGCGGCGGAUUGACGUGGUGAAUAUGAGUUACGGCGAGCACGCUCACUGGUCGAACGCCGGCCGUAUUGGCGAGCUGAUUGGCGAGACGGUGAAUAAGUACGGCGUGAUCUGGGUGGGGUCGGCAGGCAAUCACGGGCCGGCGCUAUGCACCAUUGGCACCCCGCCGGAUAUCAAUCAGGCGGCGUGCGUGGGCGUCGGCGCGUACGUUUCGCCCGACAUGAUGGAGGCGGAAUACGCCAUGCGGGCCAAGUACGGCGACGUCUACACAUGGACAUCGCGGGAUCCAUGCAUAGACGGAGGCGCUGGCGUGACGAUUUGCGCUCCCGGCGCUGCCAUAACUUCCGUGCCAGAGUUCACGCUGUCGCAAGCGCAGCUGAUGAACGGCACGAGCAUGGCGGCGCCUCACGUCGCCGGCGCUGUGGCCCUGUUGAUCAGCGGCCUGAGGCAGCGCAAGAUCCCAUACUCGCCAUACAGUAUCAAGAGAGCGCUCAGCAACACUGCCACCAAGCUCAAGACCGUCGAUCCAUUCGCUCAAGGGAGCGGCCUUCUUAAUGUGGAGCGCGCUUUCGAACACCUCGUGGACAACUGCAAAGAGGCAGAAGUCAACGUGAGAUUCAACAUCAAUGUGUCCAAUAACAACGCCAAAGGGAUUCACAUUCGCCACGGGGUGCUGAGCAAGCCGGAAGAGUUCUCCGUGAAUGUCGAACCGGUCUUUUUCAAUGACAAAAACACUGCUUCAAGUGAGAAGAUUGCAUUUAAUGUGAGACUUGUCCUGACGGCUUCCGAUGAGUGGGUGCAGUGUGGGAAGUUCCUAGAUCUCUGUUAUUCUGCCAGAUCAUUCUCAGUGCGUAUUGAUCCGUGUGGACUUCGCCCGGGCGUUCAUCAAUCCAGCGUAAAGGCGUACGAUUCGAAGAACGUGGACAAAGGACCAGUGUUUGAGGUUCCGAUUACAGUGGUGCAGCCAAUCGUUGUUGGGCCUGAUCAGCUGUUCGUGCAUCGCAUACCUGAGCAAACUUAUUUGCCGAACACAAUUGUGCGUCAAUUCAUCUCCGUGCCCAGAUAUGCCACAUGGGCUGUGCUGAAGCUGAAGGCUGAGGACAAUGUUGGGGGCAAAUUCUUCGUGCACACCGUGCAAAUAUUGCCGGCGAAAUACUGCAGAGCUUUGGAGACCCAGAAGAUUGUGUCUGUUUGCAAUGAGAGCGACACUCUGCUGCCAUUCAAGUGCGAGGGUGACAAUAUUCUGGAGAUUUGCAUUGCCAAGUAUUGGUCGAAUUUGGGACAGACAAACAUCAGUGCGAGUGUGGAAUUCCACGGGAUUUACUCGGCCAAUGGGAAUAUAAUGCACGCGGCGAAUGGAAUUCAUCGAAUUGAUAUCAGAGCGUUGAAGGUGGAAGAAAUUCUGCCGUCGAUUUGCCUGAAAAAUGCUGUUGCUGUGCUGCGACCGACGGAAUCGUCAAUUACUCCACUCACAGCCCGCGAUGUGUUGCCGCCCAGUCGACAGAUCUACCAGAAUGUCCUGACGUACAGCCUGAAUUUGACAAAGCAUCAGGAAUUCUCUCUUCACGCGCCACUGUUCAGCAAUGUUCUCUAUGAGAGUGAAUUUGAGUCACAAUUCUGGAUGAUAUUCGACAAGAAUUGUAUGAUGGUUGGAUGCGGAGAUGCGUAUUCCUAUAGGAACUUCAUCAAAUUGGAGAAGGGAGAAUAUACCAUUCGUCUUCAGGUUCGGCAUGAGAAGAAGGAAUUACUGGAGAAGGUCUCUGAAGCCACUAUAAUAGCUACAUUUAAGCUGCCGUCAAGCAUUUACUUGGACGUGUACAAGAGCUUCGGAGCAGCUUCCACUGGUGGGAAGAAGAUUGCUGCAUUUCAGAUGAGUAACAAAGCGCCGAAGACAAUUUUCGUGACUCCGUUGACAAAUGAGAAGAUUACAAAGGCUGGCUUUCCCAAUCAAUGCGCCUGGCUCGAUGGCACUGUGACUUAUUCCAAGGAUGAGCAUGGCCGGAAGGUGGACAGUGUGUCCUUCCAGUAUAAUUUGAUCGAGGGAGCGCCCGUGAAGAAGGCCAAUGGGGUGCCGAAGGAGAACAAGAGCAAGUUGGAGGAGUACAAAGAGGGACUGCGCGACUAUCAGAACGGAAUGAUUCCCAAGCUGGAGCUCACGGACGCUGAGGAGAUCUAUCAGGAGUUGAUUACAAGCAAUCCCAAAUACCUGGCAGCUCACGUUUCGCUGAUUCAGAAUUUGGAGACGGCAGAGCCGAAGACGCAACUGCCGCACGCUUACGCAUUGGCGCUGGAGAAGAUUGAGGACAAAAAGCCACUGAAGGCGACGCUGAAUCGGAUCAUUGACUUGGCGGAUCUUGUCAUCAGAGAGACUGACGUGGAGGCGCUCUUGAGCUACUAUGGCAUCAAAUCCGACACGAGACCUGAUGCGGCGAAGAUUAAGGCCAACAUGGACAAGCAGAAGGCUGUUCUGCUGGAGGCUUAUCAGAAGAAGAUCAUCGCCAUGGGGAAGCUGCACGUAGCGACACCGACGCCUGAUGACUUGGAGGAGAUUCUAACGGAGGUGGACGAGGUGUUCACGGGAAUUGCGAAGUUCAGCGACGUGAACGAUGCAAAGUACCUUCCGGUGGGCAUUUGGCAUGCCUUUCUGCACAAACACUUUGGCCGCAUGGGCAAAUAUCUGCACAAAUUGUACGAGGAGAAGCAACAGAGGGAGAUUCUGGAGGAGCAACUGCGAGUGUUCAGGGAGCUCAAUUGGAGUCAUGUUGAGAAGGUGAUCGACCGGAUCAUCGUGAAUGCUAAUCCACAGACGUACAGACUGUUCUAAGAAGGGAUUUGCAGUCCCUUUUAAGUUUUACAAUUGAAUUUAUUUUACAUCUUGACAUUUACACUUGUUUAAUGAUGACUGUACAAUUUAAGUACUUCUUCAUAGGACUAUUUUCGUUUAGUCUAAUGUCUUUCUUAUUCAGCGAGAUUCUCUAAAUUUAAUGUACACCAAUUAGUGGAAAAUGAGAGUGAUUUUCUGAUGAAUAAAAUUAUAACGCAAUUA